AUAAGACAAUGUUUGGCCAUACGGUCAUACUGAGCCCCAGAAGUGCAAAAUUUGGGAUUGGUUCGCCCACUUUGGAUCGCUGUAGAUUCCGUCUCUUUUGACCAAAUUCCCGGCAACCUAGUCACGAUGACGGGCGGCAGGCACUGGAGCUACGACAUCCUCAAGCAGAUCGCCAUCGAUGGGUGCACGGAGGACGUGGAGGAUCUGAAGCAGAUGUUCGCCGCCGAGAUCGGUUCGCAGCGGCGAAUGGACUGCAUACGCACCAUCGAGGACCUGAUUGACUGCCUGGAGCGGGCGGACGAGCUGGCCGAGGACAAUGUGGAGCCGCUGCGCCGGAUGUCCGGCAAUCAUCCGACCCUGAUCGAGGCCCUGGCUGGCUACACGCCGCCGGAGAACUUUCGCAAUCACUCGGUGAAUCAGUACCAGGAACUCCGCUUGGCCGACGAGCUGCGUGAGCAACUGCGGCUUGCUCCACUCCAGGAGGCCCCUUCUUCGGUUUUGCCGGUGGCCGUGGCUGCACCCACCACCCCCGCCGCCCAGCACUACACCACGCCCGCUGCCUUCACGGAACGCAAACGUGCGGCCGUGUUCAAGAAGAUAUCCGAGGAACUGGGGCGCUCCUGGCGACGCCUGGGCCGCUCGGCUGGCAUUGGCGAGGGCGCCAUGGACAGCAUCGAGGAGCGCUACCCGCGCAGUCUGUCCUCCCAGAUCCUGCAGCUGCUGCAGCUGAUCGAGGAGGACGAGUGCCACGACCCCAAGCACUUCCUCGUGCGCCUGUGUCGCUCCCUGGGCGAGUGCGGUCGCAACGACCUGCGCAAGAAGGUGGAGCAGAUUAUGUCGCACUAGGACAGUGUUGUGUGUGUUAAGUACGUUUAGGUACGUGAAUGUUUGCAAGUUAUAUGUGGGCUUGAUAAGAAAGGGUGAUUAAUACGGACAGGCAAAAAGUUUAUAAAGAAGUGCCCUUGUUUGUGCAUUGCUUGUUUUCCUUAAGAUAAAUGUGAGUGAUUUUAGAACCCGGAGUAACUUGCAAUACUGCAAGAGCCAUUUGUAAAGCAAAUUUCUAUUUUUAUAAUUGUUUAAUAAAAAUGCAUAAAACACUGAAA